CAGCACCGGAUUCGCGUGCCGUCGAUCAGGUCCCCGCGGGCCGCGCCUCCUCGCCAUGGGCCCCCUGUCGGCGCGGCUGCUGAUCCAGCGGGGGCGACCCAAGUGCGACCGGCUGGGGAAGAUCCGGAGCCUGGACCUGUCAGGGAUGAAUCUGCUCUCAGAGCACUUGGACCCCAAGCUGCUGAGCCGCCUGAAGCAGCUGCAAGAGCUGGACCUCUCCAACAACCAACUGGAGACGCUGCCCGCCAACCUGGGCCUGUCCCACCUGCGCAUCCUCCGCUGCGCCAACAACCAGUUGGGCGAUGUCACUGUCCUGUGCCAGUUCCCACAGCUCGAGGAGCUCAGCCUGGAGGGCAACCCCUUUCUGACAGUCAGUGACAACCUGAAAGUUUCCUUCCUCCUGCCCAAGCUCCGUAAGGUCAACGGCAAGGACGCUUCCUCCACUUGCUCUCAGGUGGAGAACCUGAACCGGGAGCUGACCAGCAGGGUCACAGCUCACUGGGAGAAGUUCAUGGCCGCACUGAGCCCAGAGGAGGAGGCUGAGAAGGCCCAGGCAGACUUUGUGAGGUCGGCCGUCAGAGACGUCCGCUAUGGGCCCGAGUCCCUCAGCGACUUCACCCAGUGGAGGGUGCGGAUGAUCUCUGAGGAGCUGGUGGCCUCUGGUGGGACUCAGGUGCAUGAGGCAAACAUCUCAGAGAGGCCCCCAAAAGCCACCACUAUCCAGGAGCCUAGGGCCGGGCCAGUGGCCUCGAAGCGGCCAGGUGAUGGCCCAGUCAACCUCUCUCCCAACAAGCGGGUGUGCACCUCCCCGUUGGCCCAGGUGGAGGGCAGCCCUGUGGGCUCUGCUGGCAGCCAGACUGCCCUGCAGCUGGAGCCCCUGCACUUCCUGCAGUGCCACAGCAAGAACAACAGCCCUCGUGACCUGGAGACCCAGCUCUGGGCCUGCGCCUUCGAGCCAGCCUGGGACGAGGGGCAGGCAGGGGCCACAUCCCAGACCGUGGCCACGUGUGGUGGGGAGGCCGUGUGUGUGAUCGACUGCCAGACGGGCAUCGUACUGCACAAGUACAAGGCGCCUAGUGAGGAGUUCUUCUCAGUGGCCUGGACAGCCCUGACGGUGGUCACACAGGCAGGCCACAAGAAGCGCUGGAGCGUGCUGGCAGCUGCAGGCCUGCGGGGCCUGGUCCGGCUGCUGCACGUGCAGGCCGGCUUCUGCUGCGGGCUCAUCCGGGCCCACAAGAAGGCCAUUGCGACUCUCUGUUUCAGCCCCACACACGAGACCCACCUCUUCACGGCCUCCUAUGACAAGCGGAUCAUCCUCUGGGACAUCGGGGUGCCCAACCACGAUUACGAAUUCCAAGCCAGCCAGCUGCUCACACUCGACACCACCUCCAUCGCCCUGCGUCUCUGCCCCGUCGCCUCCUGCCCGGAUGCCUACCUGCUGGCUGGCUGUGAGGGCGGCUGCCGUUGCUGGGACGUGCGGCUGGACCAGCCUCAGAAGAGGAGCGUCAGAGCAACCCCCCGCACCACCAAGUCUCUGGGCCUAGAAGCACCCACUCGGCCAGUGAACUGCUCACCUCACUCAGCCUCGGAAGCGCUGCCUCACUCCAGAGCCCUUCCUGGCCAUGUCCCUGCGCCCCCUAAGUUGCCACCGCCUGUGACUCGGCACACUCAGGUGCUGGCUCCCCCCUUCCAGGGCCUGGAAGCCAGGGAGGGCCCAGAGGUGUGUGAGGUGGAGUUCGUCUUCUCCGAGGGCUCUGAGGCAACUGGACGGAGAGUGGACGGGCUGGCGUUCGUGAACGAGGACGUCGUGGCCUCCAAAGGGAGUAGCCUGGGCACCAUCUGCCUGUGGAGCUGGAGCCAGACGUGGCAGGGCCGGGGCAGCCAGUCCACAGUGGCUGUCGUGGUCCUGGCCCGGCUGCAGUGGUCGCCCACCGAGCUCGCCUACUUCUCACUCAGCACCUGUCCUGGUGAGGGGAUGGUGCUCUGCGGGGACGAGGAGGGCAACGUGUGGAUCUACGACGUCAGGCCCCUCGUGGCGCAGAGGCCCCCGCCGCCGGCCACCCCGCAGGCCCCCACGCAGAUCCUUAAGUGGCCCCAGCCCCGGGCCCUGGGCCAGACAGUGAGCAGGACCAUGGUGAACACGGUGGUGGCCGACCCCACCUUUACCUACCUCACGGCACUGACGGACUCCAACAUUGUCGCCAUCUGGAGGAGAAACCAGCCUUGACUGUGGGACGCAACUUACUCAGCUUUUAGGGUCGUGAGGGGGACCUUCUUAUCGGUGACUUUUUUUUUUUUUGGUGACUAUUUUAUAUUAAAGUCUACUGUGUAAGAGAA